UUGCACCCUUAUUAUUUUGUCUUUUUAACAAAUUUUUUUUUUUUUUUUACAGAAAUUCAUGUACCAGUAUCUACUGUAUUGACAUAAUGAAGAGAAAACGACAAUUGAGUUUAAAAUCAACAAAUGAAUCUCGUGAAGGACAUUCUACCAGAUUCUUCUACGGUAACUCACAGUCACAAAAAUCUGACGAAAAUUUGACAUUUUCUUCAUCGUCAUCAACUCCAAAGACUGAGCAGGCUGAACCUCGAAAAGCUGAGAAGAAAACUUUUCGCUCGAGUGGAAUGUUCAGAUUAAAAUCACCAACUAGAUCUCGCGAAGAAAUGUCUACCAGUUUAAUUGAAAAGACUGAAAAUGUGAAAUCUGGAAUUCCGGAGAAACAAUCUUUUACUUCCAGUGAAAGAUUGAGUUUAAAAUCACCAACUAGAUCUCGCGAAGAAAUGUCUAUCAGUUCAAUUGGAAAGACUGAAAAGCAAAUUUUAUCUUCGAGUAAAGGACCGGAAAAAAAAUUUCAUUUCAUAGUCAAAGAUUAAUUUUGAAAUGUAAGUUUUUAAUAAUUAACCAAGGAAAAAAUGAUUCGUACGAUGAAUCAUUUUCACCUGGGUACAUUUUAAAAAUAUUUUAUUAAAAUAACAAUUUAAAAAUUUUAAUUUAUUUAAUUCCUUUUUUUCUUUUUCAGCACCAAGUGAUUCUCCUGAAAAGCUGUCACCGUGUUCAGUUUACCGUGUACCAACAGAAACAUCAUCAUCAUCAUCGUCAUCAACUGGACUCGAUUUAAAAAUCACUUCUUCAACAGUAAAAAAAUCGAAAAAUCAAGAAGCUAGUGGUGCUGGCCCCUUUUCAAAACGAAAGAAAUACAGUGUCGAGAAAUCUGCAAUUGGUGUUUCUUCAAACAGAAAAAGAACGUCAAUUACUUUGGAUAAUGAAAAUAUUGAUAAACCGUUGCAUCAUAAAGUGAGAAGAAGAUUGGAAUUAAUGAGAACAGAAAAGCAUACGGUAAAAGUUUGUUUGGGAAAAUUAUGUAAAUCAGCAAACAUAAAAAAUCGAAUUGAAGAAGAUGCAAAGGUUGUUUCACCAAUGAUGUAUGAGGCAACAACAAUGGCAUUAUUCGGCCUGUAUGAAGAAACGAAUGUUGAAAAUGU